CUCGUCGUAUGUGAUGCAUCAUGUAACAAGUAGUUCUAGUUCGUGGUGGGCCGAAGAUUGUGCAGGAAUUGAGGAACCUCACCUAACCUUUGUUGUAGAGAAAACCACGAAGAUGGGCGGAUCCUCCAUGUUGUCUCCAGAGCGAGUUGUGGUCAACGCGGGGCCGUACUUGCCCACGGACGCGAAGUCUGUCGAGGAAGUACUGGAACUCCUUGGAUUGUCUGCGACGGACUACUUCGUUGAUCUGGGUAUUAAGGCAGAAGAGGUAUAAGUACUUAUAAUGCAUCUAUGAUCAUUCAGCAUUGACUAUUACAACCUAGCACUUGAAUUAGUGGAUACUGAGUGCAGCUAAAUUUAUAUUUAUAUAAUUAUGUUUAUGUGCGCCUGCGCGGCUGAAGAGGCUCCUAAUUUUUAUGACUUAUCUCUCUAUGACAACGAGAACCAACUCCGUAGAAGCACACAAGGACAAGGUGAUGCUGUUGAUGUAGGAAUAAGUUGGAGGAAGUUGUUGCCUUCUAAGACCUAUCAUGCAAUAAUUUCGAUGUUGAUUUCUAAGACCUGCGGUGACGGGAGACUGGUGCGUGCAGCAGCACAGCAUUGCCAUGCGCUCGGUGUCGAGUAUGACCGCGACGUCUUACAAAGCGAUUGCGGCAUUACCUUUUUGUCAACAAAAGAAGAAGUACGAGAUGCGAUGAAGAACAAAAGUCCUGAUGUUGAUGAUGAGCCAGUCUUUUCUAGUUGUAGUACUAGUUCUAGGGCCUCUACAAGGACAGGAACAGUAUCAGACGAUGCGCGACCACGAGCACGUGGACAAGCCUUGAGCAAGCUUUUGGUACCAUGGACAGAGGAUAUUCUAGGACAAGAUAUUCUAGGACAAGAUCAAGUACAAGUACUUCUAGAAGCAGGAGAGGCAAAUGAGAAAGGUGAUGCGAGACGAACUACAUCUACAUCUCGUCGAUCUUGCAGUACUUCUACUUCUUCUAAGUUGACAGGAGAAUCUGAUACAAAUAGCAAUGAGGAAAUAGAAGUCAAGCCGCUCCUAGUUGCAGAAUAUCUUUGUUGCGAUCUCUUCACUCUUCUUGACCCACCUCAAGGUCAAGACGCAGACCUACAGCGAGGCGAAGAUCAUCCAACAAGAACAUCAUCAGCAACAAGCGUUCUUGGUGAAGGACGAGAGGUUGAGUUUUACAUUUCGUUGAGUUACCUACUUCGCGAACAACUAGCUUCAGGAAGCUUUUCAUCAGUUGAUGACCAGCAUGGGAACCUUCACGAGGACGCUCUGCAGCGAGCGGACCUAACAUGGGACCCAGAUGCGAGGAGCCGCUGUGUGGUAAUUGACACUAGCAAGCAAAAUUUCCAUGAGAAGUCUGCUAGUGGAAGUGGCAACCUGUCGUGUCCAACAACCAGCUACACAACAUGCUUUCGUCGCCCACGACCCGUGGUCGAUGUGUUGCAGCGAGAUGCUAGCGUUGUUUUCUUGUACCUAUUGCCGGACAUGCAUAACAUGAUUGCCCCGAGACUUCGGAGCAUUUUUUCCGACGGAAAAUCGCGGCUUCGCCUCGUUGUUGCAUGGUGGUGGCCGCUUGAGGGUCUCUUAUGUCGCAGAGCCGUGGACGUUACCGCGACCGAUUCCGCCAACGCCGGGAAGGCUUUCCUAUACUACCGCGAAGAUCAGGACUAUCAACAAAGCGAUUUUCUAAUCUAGAGGACGAACUACAAUGAUCAACAAACACAAACACCUAAUUAAUAUCACUGGCGGGCUGCUCCCCUACCCGCCUGGUGCUACACCUACUCCUACUCAAACUCGAUAUUGAUAGGUCCUCUCCGUGGCCACCUGCAUUUGCAUAAAUCUAACGAGUUUUGAGACCCCCGUCUAGAAAAAUGUGCUAAUCCCUCCUCGUCAAAGUGCCAAUACUAGUACUGUGUAUCUUCAAAGAAAACAGAGGUUAUUUUUUUCUGUUACUGAUACUGAUGCGACAUAUUUUUAGUUUCGAUUGUCAUGAUAGAAGUCAUGAUCAUCAUGAGGGUAGAUCAUCAACAACAUCAUAAUCAAGUACGAAGAUCGCUCUCGGCGUACUCAUCGUGCACUUCGUAAGCUAAGCGUGCGAGAAGUGGAUGCAAAUUCUUCAUCUCAAAUGUGAAAAUAGUUCAUUCAAAAGAAUUAAGGCUGUACCUAAUACAUCUUUGGUGGGCGCAUCCUUGAAACGUAAGUAGGUACGGAGGAGUAUCCUAAGGGAAUACUCCCCCCAUACUUUAAAAGUUUUGAAGGAUGCACUUGAAAGAUGAAUUACGGACAGCGCUAAAAGAAUUGCACAGGUUUCGCCCUCUCCUAGGAUCAUAGAUCAUCACUUCACUCUCUCCAGAUAUGAUCAUUUUUGCACCGUGGUAGAGACAGACGUAGAAGUCAACGCGACUUGUUCGCCAAACAAGACUAGACCUACAAGUAGAAAGUUCUAUAUCAAGC